UCAAUCAGCUGGCCGCGGGUUUUUUUUUUGUUUGUUUGUUUCUUCUUCCAAGAUGGUGGCGCCCAGGUUACUCGGCAACCGGAGGCUUUGGGACAGCUGGACGUCUUUCUUCCUCCUGCAGCUCCUUCUCUCGGCGGUCGGGGCAAAGCAGGAGCCCAUCACGGCCGACUUCGAUGUCAGACCCGGCGGGAUGGUUCAUUCGUAUUCGCAAAACCUGGGAGAGGUUACCUGUGCUUUUACCUAUGCGGCUCAGGGCGGGACGAACGAGCACUGGGAGAUGAUUAUCGGGGUCAGCGAAGACAAGAGGUUCAUUUCCUGUUCAGUCUGGAGGCCCCAAGGAAAAUCUUACCUUUUCUUCACCCAGUUUAAAGCUGAAAUGAGAGGAGCAAAGAUCCAGCACGCCAUGGCUUAUUCCUCGGCUAGCGUCGGAGGACAAGACGAUGUCCCAUUAAAAGAGGAGGAAUUCUUGGUCACAGAGCAGGCAGUGUCUCACCGGGAGGGCAAAUUCCACUCUGAACUCUCCAAGUUGAUGAUCGUGGCCGAAAAAUCCCACGACGAGCUCUGAGCCCCGUCCACUCCACCCGUGGGAGAAGACCUGCGGUGGGACCUCGGGUUGGUCUUGGUGGGGGGAACUCUUUGUGGAUUCCGGGGUCCACCCGAGCUCACCUUGAAGAAGAACACAUUUGGGGAAGAAACACAAGCCACGCAUACAGACCCUUGGAACUCGAGAGCUCCCUUCCACGGCGUUCUUCCCCGUGGCCUCGGUCGGUGCCGUGGGAUGCGUGAGAAGUGAACCAGGAUUACAGGAUUACCGCCUCUCAGAUCUGGUGCUGCAAAAAUACCGAUUGCCUAGGAUCUGGCUGCCUCCCUUUGGCGCAGGAUUUCGCCCGAGGGAUUUGCAGGAAGUUGAUCCCUCUGCAGGAAUUGGUGCGCGCGUGUAAUCUGCUCCGAAAAGUUUCCUUCUCUCUCCCCUCCUCUUCCCCCAUAAAUUGUUUGAAUGUUCACACAC